GUCCUACUGUUAAACAUGGCGUUACAGGCUACGGAAGUUCAAACAACUUUUGAGGGUCAAAAACCCGGCACAAGUGGUUUACGAAAAGCUGUCAAAGUGUUCCAACAGCCUGGGUAUACGGAGAAUUUUGUACAGAGUAUUUUGACUGCUUUGGGUCCCCGCCUUGCCGGGUCUACUCUUGCAGUGGGUGGAGAUGGACGAUUUUUCUGUACAGAGGCCGUUGACAUCAUUAUAAAGAUAGCUGCCGGCAAUGGGGUUGCAAAAUUAUUGGUUGGCCAGAAUGGUAUUUUAUCAACGCCAUCCGCAUCCAACGUUAUCAGGAAACACAAAUUGACUGGAGGCAUACUUUUGACAGCCAGUCACAAUCCGGGUGGUCCUGACAAUGAUUUUGGAAUCAAGUUCAACACUUCAAACGGAGGACCAGCUCCAGAUGCUGUUACCAACGAAAUAUAUGAUAUAAGUAAAACUAUCACCAAAUACAAGAUUGUCAAGGAUUUGAAUUGUAAUAUUUCUGAAACUGGUCUAAAAAAAUUCCAGGUUGAUGGAAAAGCAUUCGAAGUUGAAGUAAUAGAUCCUGUAGCUGACUAUGUGAUCUUGAUGAAAGAAAUUUUCGAUUUUGAAUCCAUGAAGAAACUGAUCAAAGGAGAUGCAAAGAGGCCACCAUUUCAAGUUCUUAUCAAUUCAAUGCAUGGAGUUACUGGUCCCUAUGCGGAAGAGAUUUUCGUUAAAGAGCUGGGUGCCAGCCAGCAAAAUAUGGUUAAAACCAAUAUUUUGCCCGACUUUGGGGGCCACCAUCCUGAUCCAAAUCUAACCUAUGCUGCCGACCUAGUGGAGAGCAUCGAGAAAGGAGAGUAUGACUUUGGCGCUGCCUUUGAUGGAGAUGGGGACAGGAACAUGGUGCUGGGCAAGAAGGCGUUCUUCGUGACCCCUUCGGACUCGCUAGCAGUUCUGGCGGCUCACCUGGACUGCAUUCCCUACUUCAAGAAAGGCGGCGUUCGGGGAUUUGCGCGCAGUAUGCCGACCGGCGCCGCAGUUGACCGUGUGGCCGCCGACAAACACAAGGAGGUGUUUGAAACGCCCACCGGCUGGAAGUACUUCGGCAACCUCAUGGACGCUGGCCGCAUUUCUUUGUGCGGCGAGGAGAGUUUCGGUACUGGUUCAGAUCACAUUAGAGAAAAAGAUGGAAUCUGGGCAGUACUAGCCUGGCUGUCUGUUGUCGCUCACCUUGGCAAAUCAGUGGAAACUAUAGUGAAGGAGCAUUGGUCCAAGUACGGCAGAAAUUUCUUCACAAGGUACGACUAUGAGAAUUGUGAUGCGGAACAGAGUAAUAAAAUGAUGACUGAAUUGGAGAACAAAGUAAAAGCAGCUGAGUUUGCUGGUCAAACGUUCAAAAGCGGAUCAAAGACGUACACAGUGAAGGCUGCUGACAAUUUCGAGUACCUUGAUCCGAUUGAUGGUAGUGUCGCCAAAAAUCAGGGAAUAAGAAUUAUGUUUACCGAUGGUUCACGACUUAUAUUCCGUUUGAGUGGAACUGGAAGCAGUGGAGCCACCAUAAGACUUUAUGCUGAAAGUUACGAGUCGGACAAGAAGGUGAUUGAAAAUCCGGCUUCAGAAAUGCUCCAGCCAAUUGUACAACUAGCGUUACAAUUAUCACAACUACAAAAGUUCACAGGCCGGGAUAAACCUACCGUUAUCACAUAGAUAAUAGUUCCAAAUAGAAGGAUUGUUUCCCAAGUUUAUAAAAUUAUUAAAACUCAAUUAUUCAAGUUAUAGAUCAAAAUUAUUGAGACAAGUUAAUUACAGGUCAAACCUAAAUCUGAAUUAGUUUAUGAAUAUAAAUUUGUGGACUAACAGGGUUCCUGCAUUGAAAUUUUGCUCCUAGGUAGAGUACUUGAAUGGUAACAAUCGAAGUUUUAAAAAUAUUUUCAGGUGAACAUAAAUGUAACAAACUCAAAUCAACUCAAUUGAAUUAUUGCCGUUGGAGAAAACAGUAUACUCUUGUUAGUAAAUCUAUCACUAGCAUUUUUAUACAUCGAAGAAGUUUUUAGAUUUGAAGGUCUUGAAAUCGUUGAACAUUUCAUUGAAGAAAUGACUGAGAUGAAUCUGACAUUCCCAGUAUAAAUUAUUGAAACAGUUCUUAACACAACUGAUUCAGUUGCAUAUUAUCUUGUUACUUAGAUAACUCUUAGACUAAAGCACUCUGAACAGUAGUGGAUUGGAAGUUCCAAAACAUUUCUUAGCACUUCAACGUCAAAAUAAGCAUUGAAUAUUCAGUUAUCAAUUGUUUAGUACUAGAGUUGUGAUUUAUAUUUAGAAUUCUAAAGAACGUUAAAUUUUUAUUGUUAGAGAAGAAAUAUUCAAUAGAUGAUCACUUUAUGCUUAAUACCAUGCAGUCAAUAAUGAUUCAAUUGAUUAAAUCAAUUAAAAAUACUUAUUGCAGUAGUAAUUCUUAGUUGUAAUGAAAAUAAUUUCCUAUAUUUGAUAUUAAUCUUGAUUUACUGUUUACUUUUGAAUUCUUUCCUUUAUGGAAAUAUGUGUUGUAUUAGGAAAAUCAUUUUAGAAGAAAAUCUUUCAUGACUUAUGACUUAUUCAUCAAAUAGAAACGUGUUUAGAAACAAUUAUUGUAUUCAUUCCUGAUGUAUAAAAGGGACCGAUCAAAUAUUUCACUUAGAUCAUGUUUUGAUGUAUUUGUUACCCAUAUUGAAUUGCAUGUAAACUCUCUUCGAUAUUGAUAAAAGUAAGAUGUAAAUUUCAGAUAUAGAAUCUAGAUUUAAGAAUAUUGUAAGUACAUUAUUGUAAUAAGAUUAUGGUAAACAUAAUUCUUUCUAUGAUUCAAGAUCACUCCCUUAUUUCUGAAACUAUUACUGAUUAAAUUUCUAGUUCUGAUUUGACAAGAAUCAAACUGAUACUGGAAAAUUUCCAAGUAGACUGAUGAUAUUAUUUCAUUUCUUGUGAAAUUAGACAACUUUGAUAUUAUAAUGAAUGGUGUAACAUUUUAAUAACUCGAGACUAAAUUUUCCAUUAAUAUUGUUGGAAACAGGACUAUCAAAAGUUGGUAACUCAAUCAAGCAUUCUGGAUUAAAUGUUUCAAAAUAAAGGUGAUGAUCGAAUAAUUCUAAACGGUAAAUAUCCAUUUGAAACUUGAUACAUAUUACUGUUAAUAAUACAUGAGACAUACACGUACAAAUGUAUGAAUAUUCCUUAAUGCUAUCUCAAUGUUUCCUCCAAUAGAAUUAUUAAUUAUGUUGAAAUAAAUAUUCACUACUUGCAAACCAUCAAUUAACCAAAAUCUAUUGUUUUACGAAUUUUUUCUUCAGAUGCAUGAUUAAAUAAGCUAUAUUGAAUUGAAGUAAUUGAAACUAUACCGGUUUUGAAGUUCCAACUAAAUUCUUGGAUCCAAGAGCCUUUUCUCCAUAGCACUAUGAAUUGUUGAAGAUUGGAAGUGUUCAAUACUGAACGGAUCUUGGGUGAAUGUUUGUUUUUUAAUUUUAUGGUGAUUUGAAAGGAAAGUAGCCAUUUGGGAAAAUGAAUUGAAUGCUGUAGAUAUAGAUCUAAACUAUAAUGGAAUAUUAAUGAUGUAAAUAUUAUGACACUUGUGUCCAGGUCUUUUCAAUUGAAAAUUUGAUAAUUUUUCCAAAAUAAUCAGCUUUAUUUAUUCAUUCUCUUUCAAGGUAUUAGCCUAGUUAUUUUUGAAGUAUUCAAUUAUAAUAAAUUAUAAUAUUGGUUAUUAUACUUAAUAGGUAUGGAUUAGAGUUGCAGUAAAUUCUUUAUCCUUAUAAUAAUAAAGUUGUGCUUCUUGGAAAAAGUUAUGUUCCUUUGGAAAUUCUAUAUACAAAUUGAAUGUAAGCUACUAAUUGCCAUUCAUCUCAGUGAUGGAAAAAUUGAUGACAGAAUGUUUCUUCCAACUCUAACAAUAAAUAAUAAUGAUAGAUUUAUUGACAUUCAUUAAAUGAACAAAAGCCUCUCAAUCGAGGUAGUUUGUGAUUGGAAGUUACCAAAAAAACAUCUUCGUAAUAUCAAAAUUUACUACUAGUUCUGUGAACAGUAGACCUCACGCAGUUUUCUCAUCCACAAGUAUCUGGUGUCACCUGUUCUAGUUGCAGCGAUACCAGCCUUUACAAUAUAUUUAUAAAUUGUCCAUGAUUAUUUGCCAUCUUCUCUGAUCCCUGGCUGUUGUCGGCCACAAUAAAUAAUAUUCAUUUUUCCAAUUUUAUCAAUGAAAUUACUUCUA